AUGGAGAAAGCCACUCCGCCUCCGUCCCAGCCGCAGGUGCAGCUGUCCAUUGCCAAAACCGACAGUCCGGCGGAUGACGUCACCGGCUUGUCCGACGAGGACCUGCUGAAGUGGACCAAGGAGGACCUGGUGCGGCGGCUGCGGCGCUCCGAGGCGGACAAGAUGAGCGUCAUCCUGGACCACGGGAAUCUCAUCCGCGAGGUCAACCGCAGUCUGCAGUUGCACUUGAACGAGAUCCGGGGCUUGAAGGACAUCAAUCAGAAGCUGCAGGAAGACAACCGUGAGCUGCGGGACUUAUGCUGCUUCCUCGAUGACGACCGUCAGAAAGGAAAGCGUGUGUCCAGGGAGUGGCAGCGUCUAGGUCGUUACAGCUCGAGCAUUAUGCGCAAAGAGGUGACCCUUUAUCUCCAAAAACUCAAGGAACUAGAGCUGCGGCAGGAAGAGGUUAUGCGUGAGAACCUGGAGCUGAAGGAACUCUGUCUCCUCCUGGAUGAGGAAAAAGGAAUAGUAAGUGGAAGUGGAGGAAGUGGCGGAAACGCCGGGAUAGGCGUGGGGUCGCGAAACUCCAUUGACAGCCAAAAUAGUUUACUGCUGGUGCCUGGGCAAGGCCUCCUUAUGAGGGAUGUUGGCGAUGGCAGCAGUACCUCAAGUGCAGGGAGUGCCGACAGCUCAGAUCACCAUCAGCAUAAGCAUCUGGCGGUUGGAGGGAGCAAUCUUGGCAGUGCAGGGGAAAAAGGGAGUCCUGAGCUGGUGCAUAAACCGAGGUGUAGCAGCAUUAGUGCCAUAGGAGGAAUGGUGGACAGGGAGGCGUCCAGCCCUGAGCACCCUGCUGGGCGCCACCGGAGUACAAGCCUGGAGUACCCAUAUACUUUACCCCAACUCUGUCGACCCCGCUGUGGCUCCAUAUCAGUGCCUGAUCACAGUCGAGUCAUGCGGGGUCUGAGCCCGGAGAAAUACGGGAGGAACGUGGUACGAAGCAGUCCGGACCAGCACCCCAAACACUAUAGCUCUGACCUUCACUUAGGCCAGAGGCAGCACUACCUGAGUCAGGGGGGCAGCGGGGACAUCUACCAGAGGCACCACAGGGGCAGCAUAAGCAGCACCGGAUGUGAGAGCCCCGAACCACGCCAUGCACAUUUAGGGAACAGUGAACACACUGAAAAGAGCUGCAAGGCCCAAGGGGGAAGUCCUGAAACUCAUAGGCACCAAUACAGUAUGAGCCCCGACCACGUGAAGUAUGGCAGCCCAGUGAGAGACGCACAGAGGAGGUCAGCUGGGGACGAGCUGUCACCACAUCAUCGGAGCAUCUAUAACGGCAUGAAUGCUUUGAUAUCAGCCGGCUGCUGCACCAACAACUGUAGAAAUGUCAAGCUAUGGGACAGCUUCGACGCCUCCUCUUGACCUCACUGUGGUCAUCUCCUCAGAGGAAUAAGCAUCACAGCGGAAGAGCCUUUUUGCAGCCCGCGGUACCACGCUCCAAGACACCGGAGGGUCCGCUGUCCAUCCCCGGCCUCCUUCAUGUGUGCAGCCCCUGAAAACAACCUGCCUUCACGUUUUCAUCCCUACAUAUUGAACGCUUUGCAGAGGGAGGAUGUGGCAGAAUAUGAUUAGUUGCGUUGUGUGCAAGAACUGUGCUGCAGAAAUAUCGAUCAGAGUGGAUGUCUCUCCCUGCCAAAAGUGACACGGCUACCUCUCGGAGAGAACCCAGAGGAGAGGGUUGCGUGCUGGAAGAUUGUUUUUGUGCACUGAGAAUUAAAAAAAAAAAAAAGGAAAUUGUGCACGAAGUUCAGCACUACUGGACUAUUUUGUCUGACACGAUAACAGUGCCUGCACAAGCUCCAUAUGGUUGUCCACCAAAUCCACAGCGCACUCUUGGAACAUAGUGGACAUGCUGUAUUGAACUGCUUUAUUUUGCGUUUAAGGAUAAUUACUUUAAAACAGUAAACGGGGUCAAACUUUUGUUUCCAGAUUUGCAGUGCAUUACUUUUUGUGCAAAAUUCUCAUUAAACACAUUCUUUCUGUUUACAAGUUUAGCUUAUUGGUGAAUAAUCAAUUCAGCUUCUUCCACAUUCCUACUUUUCUAAUUUCAGUGGGUCUCUUCCCCUCGUCUCCUUCAAAUGUUGUUCUUUUUUUUUUUUUUUUUUAAAGUGUGAAGUAAGACUUCUGUAAUCUAAUGUUCCGUCUGUCCACCUCCAAUCCAUCAUUUAUCACCCUAUGUACCUUUCUCGUUAAAAAGUCAUGUUUUAACUGCUCUUCAAAACAAAACGUAAAAAAAUAUGGACAAAAUAUAACUUUUCCUGUGUCUUAAGCCAAGACGGUCAUUAUAGCUGCUGACAGGUGUUGUAGUCGAUAAAAUGCAAUGUUCAGGUGUCAUUUUGUUUUGUAUUGCUUUUUCUCCUGUGAAGCGCCUAUAUUGAAGCUGGGAGCCAUGUUUUUUGUUUUUUACAAGAAAGCAAAGUCCAAGUAAAAUGUAGAUUAUUGGAUUAGUUUUCUAUAUUUAUCAAUAUAUAUAUGAAUAUAUUAUGACCAUUAUUUUUGACUUACAGGUAUUAGAACUAAUAUAUCAAGAUGUAUAAGAUAUAUAUCAAUUAAUAAACAGACGUCUUUAUUUAAAAGGAGCAUUUUU